UAUUCAUUCAGUUAGCAACGCUCAGCCUGCGUGGACGAAGGUGUUGUGCUAUGCGUGCGUGCGUUGCGGCGCUCUCUGGUGAAGUGUGUUGACGACAAGUGUAUUCUGUUCAGACGUGGAUUUUUGCUCUCGCCUCCACGCCACGGACGGGAGCGGCGCCUCCAGACAUGUUGACUUCAAGUGGAAAUCAGUAUCUUCGCCCCGAAUAUCUUAACCCCAUCCAGGGACACGCGAUCGAGCUGGACGCCAAGAAGUCCCCGCUGGCCCUCCUGGCGCAGACGUGUUCCUCCAUAGGGGCGGACCUGUCACAGAAGGGCGGCAUUCCCUCAGUUGACAAAGGCACCAAGGGCAAGUCCUCCCCAGGGGCCAAGUCUCCGGGCGCCACUCUGAAUAUUACGCCCUCGGACGCAGCCAAGACCACGCCCUCCGCCGCCUCCUCCUUCAAGCCCUACGAGAAGAAGGAGGACGAGGACCGUAUCAGCCCCAGCAAGCGGUCGUCCCCUCACUCUCGCUCCCCUGGCGGCAGCCAGCCCAGCGCCGAGCGGUCCUCCUCCAGGGGCAGUGACAGUGGGAGGUCCUCGUCCAGACCCAGAGAUCCUCCAUCCUCCUCCUCCUCCAUCUCCCCGCGGGUCUCCUCCCCGUCCAUCACCCCGAAGAGCAGCUCCUCUGUGUCCGCCUUCGGAUGUCUUGGGGACCUGACCAAGGAUCCGCUGGCUGCAUACAAGCUGGCGCCGAGCCUCUACCCACACCUGGCGCUUGGCCUCGACCCGCUGGGCGCCGCGGGCCUGUCAGCGCUCACAGCCAAGGUCCCAACUAGUACGUCAGCAGCCCUAUCCAGUCCCUAUAUUGGCUACGCAAGGGUCAAAACAGCGAGUGGCACCGAGACUGUAGUGCCAGUGUGCCGGGACCCUUACUGCAGCGGGUGCCAGAUCAACUCGCACGCUGCCCAGGUGGUGAAUGGCACUUGCCCCCCCGGAUGUUCUCAAUGCUCACAGAUUGCGGCGCAUACGAAGAAUCUGGCAUCGCUACCUGGCUUGUUACCUUCCCUCCCUGCUUCUACCCUCAGUGGUCUGUAUCCUCCCCCGGGGCUGGUCGGCGGCUCACACCAACCAUACGUCUGCAACUGGAUAGCGGGCGACACUUUCUGCGGCAAACGGUUCUCCACAUCAGAGGAACUCCUUCAGCACCUCCGCAGCCACACCAACCUCUCCACCUCAGACUCCACACUGUCUCUCCACGCCCUCCACCACCCACUCCUCGCCGGACACCUCCCGCGAGGCUACCCAACCCCGCCACUGUCGCCCCUCUCCGCUGCACGCUACCACCCUUAUGCCAAACCGCCCCUGGGUCACCUCCCACCCACGGCGCCCCUUCCAGCCUCCGCCCUCUCCGCCGCCACACUCUCCGGCCUGCCCCCACACCCACUCUCCGCCUACUACAACCCUUACUCUUUGUACGCCCGCGGUCUGGGUGCCACUACAGGGUUGCACUAGUUGUUUGAGGGCGUGGGUUGUGGGCGUGCCAAGGGCGUGGUCUACCCUUGUGUGCUGUGAUGUUAUUUCUCCUUCAAUAUGUACAAAUCAGUGUUUUGUGUGGAUAUGUGAAGAUCUUUGAGUCAUUUGUUUGUUUGUUUGUUCGUUUUCAUUUAUUCACUAGAGAAAGAGAGAAUGUGUGUGCGUGUGAGAGAGAGAGAGAGAGAGAGAGAGAGAGAGUUUGGUUUCAUCGUCAGUGUUUUUUUUCUGUGUGUGUGUGUGUGUGUGUGUGUGUGUGUGUGUGUGUGUGUGUUUGGGUGUGCGUAAGUGCGUGCGUGCGAGCCAUGUUUUACUUAACGAUCUGUGAUUUUUCUUUGAGGGUCGAGGACAAUCAUAUUAGUUUUAUCUUUCGUUCAUUCUCCCCGAAAAUCGUGAUUGGGGAACUGUGAUCUCAUGUGAGGUGGGGAAGAGGAGGAGGAGGAGAAGGAGGGGGAGGUGAGGGGAGUAUGGGCAAUGGGGAGGAGGAGAUGGGGCGGGCUACCCUUCCCCUCCUCCCCUUCAAUCCUAUCCCAUUUAUCCAAACCUAUUCUGAGAUGUCAAUGUUAUGAGCCUUCUAUCCAUUCUCUUGCAAUACCUAUCCUCCCCACAACCUCCCCAGUACCUCCCCUCCACCCCCACACGCUCUAUAUAUUCACUGUACAUUACUUGAGUGUAUCAUGUCAUGUGUUUGCAGCAAAAAAUGGAAAAAAAAAACAGCAACAGCAGCAGCAGCGAAGUAUCUGUUUGUAUAUUUAUUGUACCAUAUCUGUAAGCCGAGUUUUAGAGGGAAAUGCAUUUAUUUACAGAUCGA